AUGCGCCUUCGCACUACUGCCCUAUUCUUGAUUCGCGUCUUAACAACUCCACCGGGUGGUCCCGGUCUGUUGGUGUCGUUGAGUGGCCAUCAUCCGACCUUGACUGAGUUGGGAUUUUUUAAUCGAUUUUGGAUAUUUAUUGCUGAGCCUAAGCUGCGGGAGGGUGUCGCUGUGAUGAACAGGCGUUUUGUGCAAUUGGGGGAUGAUCGGUCGCAAAUAGUUUCUUUAAAAGAGGCCUUAAGAAAUGGUGGUUUGCUCAUGCAGCAUCGCGCCGGCGCUGCCGACGCCGCCUCGGGUUCUGGAAGCAGCGGUCGGCGAACUCCCAGUGUCUCGUGGGAGGCGUACCGUAGCUGGAACCUCAAGGAUAACGAUCUUUACAUUGGUCGCAAGCCGUCGAUUAAGCUGCAAUCAAAUGAUAUAAAACUCUCCGUUGCCAUGUUUACGAAGUUGGACGAGAAGAUACUUUCUUCCCUUCCGUCAGGAUUUCCCGUCCGAGUUGACGGUAACCUAACUUGGCAGGUAGAACAAGACGAAAAUCAACUCCUUUCUGGUAGUCUCGCUGUUUUUUCCAGUGAUGUCGGGCCUCCAUUUCAUUAUUGUGGGCUCUCGGAUUUCCUCAACACCAUCGGAGAUGUAAACGUUCCUGUGGCCCCGGGUAUUACGGGCCGUGUGACCUUCAAAAACAUCGAAACAUGCGAAGCCAACAAGACAACUUCCUUGGGCCUAGUGCUUCAGGAUGAGUUGUUCAAGAUUCCCGUUGGAUACAUCUCGAGCGAGGUUCUUUGA